AUGACGCGCUGCAGCAAGACAGCCCUUCGAAAUAUUCUUGGCUUAUCCCAGUUUUCUGCUGUGUUAUCACGUCCACUGCCCGUUUUUCGUCCUUGGAAGUCUGAGGUUUGUAUUCCGCGACCGAGUGCCGCCGUUUAUUCAACAAGAAUUUCGCACGAUGAAGAACAUACGCAAGGCUGCCAUUUUGAAUACAACUGGGUUGACGGCGCGGAAUCACUUGAAAAGUAUGGUCCAGGGGGUUACCACCCUAUUAUGAUAGGAGAUGUGCUUCACGGGAGAUACCGCAUUGUUGACAAGCUGGGUUUUGGAGGGUAUUCAACUGUUUGGCUAGCCCUGGAUACUUGUCUACACCGCUAUGUUGCUCUUAAAGUCGGUACAGCGGAGGCGCCUUUGCGUGAAACCAAAAUUCUCCGAGCUCUCGCAAGCCCAGGGCAUGACUCUAUUCCCACACCAUUAGAUGAAUUCGAGCUCAGUGGACCCAAUGGAACACAUCUAUGCUAUACCAUGAUACCCGCGGGGUGCGAUCUUCGAGAAGCGUCUUUUAGUCGUCUUUUCCCUCUCGAAGUUACGCGGGCGCUAUCAGGUGGCCUCACAUUGGCUAUUGCUUACAUUCAUUCACGGGGCUACGUUCAUGGAGACAUCCAUCUCCGCAAUAUUCUAGUUAAACUAUCUUCAGAUGUUGAUCACCUGUCUGUUGAGCAGCUAUAUGAAAAGUAUGGUGAGCCUGAGACAGUCUCCAUUACAAAACGUGAUGGGAAGCCGCUUCCACCAAAUGUCCCAUCGAAGGCAGUCGUACCCCUUUAUCUUGGCAAAAAUGCCGAAGACUUCUUAGUAUCAGACACACGCAUACUUCUCAGUGACUUUGGUGAGGCAUUUGCCCCAGACCUGGAAAUUCGCCACUGUAAAGAUUGCCAUACACCAUUAGCAAUGCGACCUCCAGAAGCCCGAUUUGAACCAGAGGCGCCUAUCUCAUAUUCAGCAGAUAUCUGGAGCUUGGCCACAACAAUCUGGGAGAUACUUGGCAUGCAGCCGAUUUUCAGCACUGACUUUGCCUCUGCAGAUGAACUAGUAUCACAACAAGUCGAUGCGCUCGGUAUUUUACCCUCAAGUUGGUGGAUGCACUGGCCGGAACGAAGCCAAUUUUUUGACAAUAACGGGCUCCCAAAAGAAGACCGUCACGUGUGGCCUGGAAUUGAAUUAGCAUUUGAGGAUUCUGUGCAGAAGUAUCGACGAAAAAUUGGCUGUGAGUUUGGCAGGGAGGAAGCAACUGCCAUUAUUGAUUUGAUGCGUCGAAUGUUGGUAUUCCGGCCUGAAGAACGACCAACAGUUGAGGACAUCCUACAGUCGGAGUGGAUGGUUAAAUGGGCAUUGCCUGAAUUAAAGCGGAGUUCGCAGACGAAGUAG